CCCAUUUGGACUACAAAUCCCAGGUCGACUGCAGCCUAUGACGUAAAAUUUAUGUUCCAGACUUUACAGUGUUCGAAGGAAUUAAAAAACAAGUUAUUAUUGGUUACCAUGGUGAUGAAGUCAGCAGUUGAGGAUGAUGAUACUGGCUGGGUGCUGGGCAUACCAGAGAAGAUGAAGAACAAUGCCAAUUGGGUUGAUAUCACUCAUGAGUUCAAGGGUGCUGCAAAGUUAAACCUCGGAGAAUUGCUUCACGAUAAACUGUUUGGCUUGUUUGAGGCCAUGUAUGCAAUCGAAAUGAUGGAUCCUAAGAUGGAUGCAGGAAUGAUUGGAAACCAGGUCAACAGGAAAGUGCUAUUUGAACAAGCAAUUAAGGAGGGUGCCAUCAAGGUGAAAGAGCUCAGUCUUCCUGAGCUCAUUGGGAUCAUUGACACUUGUUUCUGCUGUUUGAUAACAUGGCUGGAGGGUCACUCGUUGGCACAGACCGUCUUCACCUGCCUGUAUGUACAUAACCCCGACCUCAUUGAGGAGCCAGCACUCAAAGCCUUUGCCCUGGGUUUACUAAAAGUGUGUGACAUCGCACGAGAAAAAGUAAACAAGGCAGCUGUGUUUGAAGAGGAGGAUUUCCAGGCGAUGACUUAUGGGUUCAAGAUGGCCAAUAACAUCACUGACCUGCGGGUGACAGGCAUGCUCAAAGACGUGGAAGACGAGUUACAGAGGAAAGUCAAGAGCACACGCAGCCGGCAAGGCGAGCAGAGAAACCCAGAAGUUGAGCUGGAACACCAGCAGUGUCUGGCACUUUUCAACAGAAUCAAGUUUACACGCCUGCUGCUGACUGCUCUGAUUGCCUUCACCAAGAAAGAGACCAGCUCAGUGAGUGAGGCCCAGAAGCUUGUAGCUCAGGCAGCUGACCUCCUGCCACCCAUUCAUUCCAGCAUCCAGUAUGGCAUCCAAUCCCAAAAUGACACCACAAAAGGAGACCACCCCAUCAUGAUGGGCUUUGAGCCUCUAGUGAACCAACGACUGCUGCCACCUACCUUUCCUCGCUACGCCAAGAUCAUCAAGAGGGAGGACAUGGUGGCUUACUUCAGCAAGCUCAUAGAACGCAUCAAGACGGUUUGUGAUGUGGUCAACACCACAAACCUACACGGCAUUCUGGACUUCUUUUGUGAAUUCAGUGAGCAGUCACCCUGUGUGCUCUCCAGAUCUCUUCUCCAGACGACGUUCCUGAUAGACAAUAAGAAAGUGUUUGGCACUUACCUGAUGCAGGACAUGAUUAAAGAUGCCCUGAGAUACUUUGUUAGUCCACCAGUCCUCUCCUACAAAUGUUGUCUCUCCAACAACCACCAGGCCAAGGACUACAUCGACUCCUUUGUUACUCACUGCUCCAGGCCUUUCUGCAACCUCAUCCAGAUCCACGGACACAACCGAGCGCGGCAGAGAGACAAACUGGGCCACAUUCUUGAAGAGUUUGCUACGCUACAGGAUGAGGCUGAGAAGGUGGAUGCAGCACUGCACAGCUUACUGAUGAAAUUGGAGCCUCAACGGCAACAUUUGGCCUGUCUCGGCACCUGGAUCCUGUAUCAUAACCUGAGAAUCAUGAUCCAGUAUCUCUUGAGUGGUUUUGAACUGGAGCUUUACAGCAUGCAUGAAUACUAUUACAUCUACUGGUACUUGUCAGAGUUCCUCUAUGCAUGGCUAAUGUCGACACUAAGCAGAGCUGACUCCUCUCAGAUGGCAGAAGAGCGGAUUCUGGAGGAACAGCUGAAAGGACGGAGCAGCAAAAAGACCAAGAAGAAGAAGAAAGUUCGCCCCCUUGGCAAAGAGAUCACCAUGAGUCAAGCAUACCAGAAUAUGUGUGCUGGCAUAUACAAGACCAUGGUAGCUUUGGAUAUGGACGGAAAGGUGCGAAAGCCCCAGUUUGAGCUGGACAGCGAACAAGUCCGCUACGAGCAUCGCUUUGCUCCCUUCAACAGUGUAGUUACUCCCCCGCCUGUGCACUACAUCCAGUUUAAGGAAAUGUCAGAUCUGAAAAAGUACAAUCCUCCACCAGGUUCUGCAGACCUUUACCUGGCUGCCAGCAAACACUUCCAGCAGGCCAAGAUUAUCCUAGAAAGUGUGCCAAACCCAGACGCUGAGGUAAAACGCAUACUGAAAGUGGCCAAGCCCAACAUAGUAGUGAUGAAGCUUCUAGCCGGGGGCCACAAGAAGGAAACCAAGGUGCUGCCAGAGUUUGAUUUCUCCGCUCACAAAUAUUUCCCUAUUGUCAAGAUCAUUUGAAUCCCACAGUCUGGCACCAGAAGGACUCAAACACCCUGACCUAGUCCAUGUUGGAACGAUAGUAAAAUCACCCAGCUGUAACAUCACAUAGAGCUGUGUCUUGUCUUCUAUUUCUGACUUUACUGAGGUUUUUUUUUUGUUUUGUUUUUGUUUCAUUAUCCCAUUAAAAAGCAUCUUCUGAACACUGGGA